UACGUUUUAUAUGAGCUGAAAAGCUACUAGUUGUAACGCCUGAAGGAGUCGGAACAAUCGGCGGAUGAGCCGCUCUGCCUUCGAUUAAAAUGUCUGCGGGAGAAACAGCGCCCCUCGCGGAGCUCAGAGGCAACAGUCACGUCUCACAUGAUCCGAGGAGCCACAUUGUAAAUAGACAGCGACGAUCCACCGGGGACCUGCCUUUAUAGACUCUUUAAAUCCACGCGUGCGGAGCAGAUAUUUACCCCCCCCCCUCCACGGGACUCUGCGUCCCAGUAGCGGAUUCUCCGGCUGGUUCUUAAGUCCUUUUAAAGCAUGUACCGGUCUCUGUACGCCUUCCGAUCCGCGGAGCCCAACUCGCUGCACUUCGCGGCCGGAGAAAGCUUCCUAAUCCUGGAGAGGAGCAACAAACACUGGUGGCUGGGGUCGCUCUGCAGCUCGGGGGAAACCGGCUACAUCCCGUCAUCCUACAUCGAAAAAAUACAGGCUCCGGAGCAGGAUGAGGUGUUGCAGUCUAUUGACAGAGCAAUUGAAGGCAUCCACAACGUGGCCUUAAAAAAUGGAGGCAAAUACAAUCUGGAACAGAGAGAUGUUCUACAAAAGUUGAUCCAUCACAGAAAGGAGACGCUGACCCGGCGAAGCUCCUCUGCCUCCGGUAACAAACGAGGCCUCCCAUCCUCCAGCAGCCAAAUAUCCAUCAGCCAAACUCCUCCUCCGCCCAACGGCCUCAACCGAGACUACGGCCGGCAGGCCAGCGUGCCGCUGUCGCCAAGCAGGGACGACACACAGGCCGAAACGGGCUUCUAUCACGUAACAAAGGAUUCCACCAAUUGGGUGCCUCCUCAACCUCGACGCGCGGCUCCAAUCACUCCGCCCCCCCCUGAGAAACAGCCCACCGGGCGGCGUCCAGGUGAGACGUCGGGUAGCAGCGCUGUGGACGAGCCAGAGGUCCCCUCCCGACUGUCCUCUCUCCCCCCGUCGCCCGCUCCCUCCCUCAUGACCAGCACCGCCUCCUUAGAGUCCGGCUCCACCCACUCCCUGGUCUCCUCCGACGUCAGCUUGCCGAGUGUUUCCAGCACCCCCCCUCCCCCCGUGCCGUCCCGCGUGAAGCCCGCCGCGCCCCCCCCCGACGGGCUCCCCUCCGGCUCCCCUUCUCAGCCGCCUCCCGCCAAGAAGAGCCCGGCUCCGCAGCCCCCCGGAGUCGCCCCUCCUCCCGCACAGCCCCCCGCCGCGGGGGAGCAGCCGGAGAGCGACUGGCCCGUCGCCCCCCCUUCCAUCGCCGAAAGCCCCCCCGGCAGCCCCACCGCUUCUGAGCCUGUUCCCAUGACGAUCGGGGCCGAGCUGAUCGAGCUGGUCCGGAAGAACACGGGCCUGAGUCACGAGCUGUCGCGGGUGGCGGUGGGCGUGGUGGUCGGCCACCUGCAGGGGGCGCUGCCCCAGGCCGCGUCGGAUUUGGAGCAAGUUCUCCUCUCGCUGGUGAAGAGCAAGGACGUGAGUGCGGCGCUGCCACAGGGUCAGGUGUGUCACGACGAGCACAGGCUGGAGGUGAUCUUCAGCGACCUCGCCCGCCACCGGGACGACUCUCAGCAGCGUAGCUGGGCGCUCCAUGAAGACCACGCUCUCAUCGCCUGCUACCUGGAGGAGCUGCUGAAGAUACUGACUGAUGCAGAUCCGGAGGUUUGUAAGAAGAUGUCGAAGGCCAACCACUACGAGAAUGUGCUGUCUCUGGUGUCCUAUUAUCAGAUGGAGAAUCGCGUCUCCUUGCGGCUGCUGCUGCUCAAAGUGUUCGGGGCGAUGUGCAGUCUGGAUGCUUCUCUCAUCUCCACCCUCCUCAACUCCAUCCUCCCGAUGGAGCUGGCCAGGGACUUACAGACCGACACCCAAGAGCAUCAGAAGAUGUGUUACACUGCUUUAGUUCUCACUAUGAUCUUCUCCAUGAGCGAACAGGUGCCAUAUCAUCACUACGACCACUUGAAUGGUGACUUUGUUCAGUUUCUGCUCGGUGUGGUGGAAGACGGACUCCCCUCGGAUGCCACCGAGCAGCUGCCCGACAUCUUCCUGAACCUCCUGCUGUCCUUCAACCUGCACCACACAUCACCCGGCAGCAAUGUGAUCAUGCAGGAGCUGAAGAAGAAAAAUUUCAAGAUCCUGUCGGAGAAAGUGCUGCUGCUUCUCAACCGAGGCGACGACCCGGUGUGUAUGUUCAAGCACACGCCGCCCGCACCGCACGCCGUGCUCAAGUUUCUGCAGGACGUUUUCGCCAGCCGAGAGACCGCUGACAUCUUCUACCGCUCUGACAUGAUGGUGAUGAUUGACAUUGCUGUUCGACAAAUAUCUGACCUUUCGCCUGGAGACAAGCUGAGGAUGGAGUAUCUGUCCCUCAUGCACUCCAUAAUACGCUCGACGGACUACCUCGGGCACCAGCACCGCCUGUCUGACCUGCAGGGGGCGCUGCAGAGGAUUCUCAGGGAGGAGGAAGACGCAGCAGAGGAUGAAGGGAGCGCCACAGCAAAACAGAUGGAUAAGCUAAUUGUACAGCAGAUCUACAAGGAGUUCCCACAGAUCAACGAGAACCACGACUAAGCACGACGCCAACGUACCGGCGCCCUGUCCCGGAGGUCCAGUCACAUGCUGACAGUUCUGUGUGUUCUGUGCCAGCCUGUGAACAGCUAAUCAAUUUCGCCAAUGUUUUCACGGACUUUCGAAGUCCAAAGCUGCUGCAUGCAUGUGAUGUUGAUAUCAGAAAAUGUUUUUCACAGAUUCUUCUGUCUUAAGUCAAUUUAAUUUGAAAAAUGAGGAGGUAUUUCUGUGGUGAUCCCCAAGACGGAAAAAAUAUGACGAAUACACGAAAGAACGUGAGAUUUAGUCGCACUAGGAGAUUACAAACAGCCAAAAUAUAGGCCAAAUACUUCACACAGUGAAUUGUUAGCAACAAUAACUUAUAGCAUUCAAUAACUACUGUAUGUACUUACAGUAUUAAAUAUAUAUUUAACCAAAUUUAUUUUAGAAUAAAAAAGAGAUUCGAAGUCACGUUAUAGAUAAAAGUGCGAUUAUUUCUGUGCUUCCCUUGUAGUGGGACCGAAUACUGUUUUACUGCAAACAUCAUCUGAAAAGUGACGUCCUAUUUCAUUCACCCUUUCAUUUAUUAGGAUUAGAAUUAGUUUUAUUAGGUUCACUACUCUGGUGAGAGAAAAGCUUAUCGCUGAUGUGUGAUAAUCUUUGAGCUGAGUAACUUUCUGCUGCAUAUUGAGUCUUUGAUGAUCGCUCUGUAUGUACAUAUGCAAAGUUCCUCUAACAUACAGAAUUAUUGAUCGUUCACAGAUUAACGUAUGUAUGUUGCAUUCACAUUCAAACUAAUCGUGCCGUAAUAAGGCUUUACAUAGCAAUAUGCUCAAAAAAUACCAAUAGUCUUGGCUUUUUGGAGGUAAUAUUAACUGCAUUAAUUAUUACCCGAGAUGAUACAUUUGUCACUGUUGUUAUUUUCUAGUUAUUAUCUGAUGCUCCUAUUGAAGACGCAAAAAUAUCCUUUAGUACAUUAAGCAACAUGUACGUUUCUUUGUUUCUUCCCAAUGAUGUAUUCUUUGAUGUUACCCCAUCUUACACUUUAAUAUAAUUGUUUAUGUCCCUGGCAUGGCUAUUCCCUCUGGAGUUGGUAAAUGCAAUCCAGAAGUGAUAUCAGUCUUUAGUUAAUGUCCGAGGGUUAGUUUAUUGGUUAUUUGUGUGUCUGUUUACAGGUGAGAGAGGUGAAGGUUCCUUCUUUCCAUGAUUAACAUUGUCUGCUAAAGUGCUACAACAGUGUUGUAAUAAAACUAAUAAAGCUAUAUUUUAACAGUG